AUGGCAGCAAAACAACAUGGACAGAGACCAACAGAGGAGCUGAGGGUUGUUCUGGUCGGUAAGACUGGAGCAGGGAAGAGUGCAUCAGGAAGCACCAUCCUGGGGAGAAAUGUUUUUAAGUCAAGGUUUUCUGCUGUUUUUCUGACAUCAAACUGUGAAAAGGCCAGAGGAAAGGUGGAUGGGCAAAUUGUGGCUGUUAUCGACACCCCAGGUUUGUUUGAUACUACAUUGUCCAAUGAGGAGGGACUGAGAAAGAUCGCUAUGUGCAUCUCUCUCUCUGCUCCUGGUCCCCAUGUGUUCCUGGUUGUGAUUCCAUUGGGUCGAUUCACAAAGGAGGAGCAGGAAACGGUGGCAAUCAUUCAGAAACUCUUUGGUGAAAAGGCUUCAAAAUACACCAUGGUUCUCUUCACACGUGGAGGUGAGCUUGAAGGAAGAACAAUCAAUGAUUUUUUACUUGAGAGUCCAGAUCUUCUGAGAUUUGUUGACAAAUGCCAUAGACAGUAUCAUGUCUUCAACAACAAAGUCCAGAACCCUUCUCAGGUGACUGAACUGCUUCAGAAGAUAAACUCUAUGGUUGGGAGGAAUGGAGGGAGCCACUACACCACUGAGAUGUUCCAGGAGGCUGAGAGAAAGAUUGAAGAAGAGAAAGAAAGGAUCCUGAAAGAGAAUGAACAGCAGAGAUGCAGCGAGAUGGAGGAAUUGAAGGCAAGGUUUGAAGGAGAACGUCUAAGAGAAGAAGAAGAGAAGCUGAGGAGAAAACAAGAAAGAGAAGCUAGAGAGAAAGCUGAAAAAAGAAAACACAUUUUAAUAGCAACUACCAGUAUCGGAAUCGGAGCGGCUUUGGGAAUAGUUGGAGGCCCAGUUGGUAUGACAGUUGGCGCAGCAGUGGGAGCUGCAGUGGGAGGUGGAGUAAAUAAAUGCAAUACUCAAUGA